CGUUUCUAUUAAAAAGUAAUAUUCACUUCAAAACUUGAGAGAAUUUAGUUUUUUUUAAAUUACCUAACCCUUGAUUCAAAAUGGCAGCGUCUUCGGGCAUGGAGUGUGGUGAUUUUUUAGAAUUUCAGGAUUCCUUACAAAAAAUGCGACAAUUAGAUGAUAAAAUAAUUUACUUAUUAAAUACAACUAUUCCGACAGAAUCAUUUAAAGGACAAGUAGAUGCAACAGCUACAUGUAAGGAUUUAUUUCAACGAAUUCAAUCAGGUCAUUCACAACGUGAAAUAGCAAUUAAAAAGUGUAUGGAUGCAUCACGUGAAAAAGUCAAACAAUUCAAAGAAGCCAAGGAAAAAAAUCCAGAUGAUAUGUUAGUGCUUAAACAAUUGAGAAAAGAACAAACUACUCUAAGAUUACUUGAAUCUGAACUAGGUGUUGAAGAAAUUGUCAAAAACCGCACCAAUCAAAUUUAUCUUACAAAAUGUCGUGGCUUUUAUAAACCAAAUACCUCAGACUCUUGAAUAUAACUUAUAAUGAAAUCA